AUGGACAUAAAUGAACAGAAGUUAAGAGCCCAAAUACAAAGAGCAUUCUCAAAGUCCAACGAAAAUUUAAUGUGCUUAGAAGAUAUCCAAGAUAGAUUAAUCACAAUAGUACUAAAUGUCUAUAAAAAAGACGAUUUACACAAUGAAAAAUAUACAAAUUUAAAUAAUCUAGCUUAUAAUGUAUUUAUAUCACUAAUAGUAUGCCAUACAUAUAUUAUUAAAGAAAUAAAUGAGCACACGAUUAUUAAUAUAAUUAAUGAAUCCAUGCGUAUAUCCGAUACAUUCAUAAAUAAUAUUAAAGCCAGUGACGUACUAAAUACAAACAAAUCAGCCAUUUAUAACCUACUGAAUAAUUUACACAUAUAUACAGCACUCCCAAAUACACUCAUAAAUUCAAUUAAAGAUGAUAUUCAUAUGGCAUUAUACUUACACAGACGAGAUAAUAAUCAAAAAGAACCCGAUUAUAGCCAGAAAUACGCAAUGAGAUACUUAUGUAAACCACAUGUGUCAGGUAAAUGUUCAAAUUUUGAAAGAGUCUUAGAUAUAAUAACCGCAAAUAUAAGUAAUUUUACUACGUGUAAUUAUAAAUCUAAUGUAUUACGAUCUAAUAUACACAAUCUAGACUUAUCUGAUGAUGAUAUCCAAUUAUUAUCCUUAUUUGUAUCUUGUUAUACUGAAGAUAUAUACAGAUGUAUGCAAAUAAUGAAUCAUUCCAUAAUUAUAGAAAGUAAAAAAAUAACAAAAAGUGAGCUUAAGAAAGAAUUUCAAAAUUCGCAUAUAAAGAAAGUAUUGGAUUUACCGAUUUUAAGAGAAUUAAUUAGUAGUACGGUUGAAUUUAUAAAGAAAGGGACAAGAAUAAUUGAGAAAGUUCCUGGGUUAAAGGAUAAAUUAGAUCAUAUGGUGAAAUUCUUAAAGGGAUUUUAUAAUGUAAGUAAGCUAUCUGGGGUUAAUUUCAUGGUAUCGCAUGCACCUGGGGUUAAAUCUAAACUAAUCAAAAGUGUAUGUGAUUGUUUACCUGUUUAUAUGGAAUUUAAUUGUAUGCAUGGUAUAGUAUACUUAUUAUUUGCUAUGGAUAAGGCUAUGUGUACGUAUACAGGGAUUAUUAAUGGUCUAAUUAAACUUGGACUGUACACAUACCAGGAAUAUGAUGUUUGUAUUAAUUAUAAUGACUAUACGCAUGAGAAAUUGAAAAAUCUUUGUUAUUCAUAUAAUAUGGAUAUAGAUGAGUUUAAUGAGAAUGUGGUUGUACCAAGAGCAUGGAAUAUUAAGAAUCAGAUAAGUAUGAUAUUUAAUGAACCAUUGAAUAUGCCACUGAAUAAUAUAUUAAAUACCACAAUACAGGAUAUAAAACCACUUGGACAUAAGAAUAAGUGUUUUAAACCAGUAGAUAGUGUAAUAGAUAGUAUUAGUGCUAUUGAUAUAGAUAUGAUGCUAAAUAAUCCAUUUUUUUAUGGUAAGGAUCAUGAUAUUAUGAUUAAUAUAGAGAGUAUAGAAGAUACUUCUAAUCCUGAAGUAUCUAAGACUGAAUCUAUUAUAAUGGAUGAAUAUACUCCUGGUACGUAUCAGAAUAAUCCCAGUACAGAAACACUCAGAGGAUGUAUUAAUUCAAGUGGUUCUAAAUCAUCAAUUAAAUUCCAUGAUGAUAGUACUACUAGUGCGUAUGAACCACAGACUAAUUAUAGUGUACAAGCAGAAGUUACUUCAGUGGUAAAUGAUCUUAUCGCUGCUGUGUCUGAUCCUAUGACUAAUUAUCCUGGUAUACACGGGAGUAUUCCUGUGGCUGAUCCUCAUGUACAAAUAGAUAUUCCUGUGAUAAAUGAUCCUAUUCCUGAUCCUCAUGUACAAAUAGAUAUUCCUGUGAUAAAUGAUCCUAUUCCUGAUCCUCAUGUACAAAUAGAUAUUCCUGUGGUAAAUGAUCCUGUGGCUGAUCCUCAUGUACAAAUAGAUAUUCCUGUGGUAAAUGAUCCAGUGACUAAUUCUUAUAUAACUGAUUUAUUUAAUAGAUAUAUAAUAUAUGUAUUAUUACUUAUAUUAUUACUUAUUACUGCUAGUGUAUUAUAUUAUAAUAAUAUAUUGGUAUUUGUGUAA